UGCACUUGUUAUUCAGCUAGUGGAGAAUCUCAUCAUAGACUUGAGGUCAAGGACGCUAAUUAGAGCUUCAAAUUCAAAGUCGCCAACUGAUUGCUUGUAUGACGGAAGUUCAGAUGAUUGCUUUUAGAUGAAAUGCUUUUAUUGUGUAUGCUGUGGGUUUGAAUCAGCUAGUAGUAGUACAGCUCCUAGGCCAUUUUGACUGCUGUCCACCUGAAGAGCUACUUUCUUCUCCGAGUCGAAAUAACUUAGGGUUCCAUGAUUAGAUAUCUUCUGCUUUCUCACAGUCAUUCGACCAUGCAAAUAGCUUGUGUUUCUUAGUUCUGUUAUUGGCUGUUAGGUCUCAUUGCAAGGUCCAUUACUACAUUCUGUUUAACACUUCACAUGGACAGUGCACUUGUUAUUCAGCUAUUGGAGAUUCUCACCCUAGACUUGAGGUCAAGGACGCCUAUUUGAACUUUAAAUAUUCAAUGUUGCCAACUAAACAACAACCAAAUAUAUUGAACUAUAAAACGGUAGAGCUUGAUUCUGCAUCGCUAAACAAAAUGCACUAAAACACCCAUAGAACUUUGAAAUAAACCUAGUUUAUCACCACUUCCUUUAAUCUGUACGCCGAAUACACCAAAAAGCUUGCGAUUUUCGGAUUUGCCUUUGUGUAAGAAAAAUCUCUUAUAUAACUGUCUAAUCCUAAAUGUGUUUUUAAUGUUAUAUAUUUACUGAUAACAUUUGAAGUCGACGAACAUCAUUAAUAAAUACUUGCAUAAAAACAACACAAAUGAAGAAGUUGAAGCCAGUUCCACUGAUGAAACAUGUCUUGUCAGUCGUAGUGCUAGGGAGUUGCAUUUUCAUAGUCUACAAAAUUCAGAUGUUCUUACAUGGAGUACCACUUACUCAAAACAAACCCCCGUCUGUAUACGGUAUUUCAUUGGUGAUAUUUGCCUUAUACGUAACAGAAAUGACCAAACUUCCAUUUUUCAUCGUAAAUUUUCUUGGUGUAGUCUUCCUGAAUAACUUCGAGAAGAGACCCAAGCUACGGCACUCGCUCCUUGAAUGUCCCUUCUUGUGUUUCCGUGUGGUCACGCGAGGUCUGUAUCCUGACCUUGUCCAGAAGAACGUCCAACUCAAUCUUCAGACAUGCCAGAAAUUCGGUCUUAAAAAUUUCGUCAUUCAAGUCGUCAGCGACAACGCAAUAAAUCUUUCAGCCAAUCAACAAUGCAGUGAACUCAUUGUUCCAGUGAGGUAUACAACAAAACAUGGUUCCCUGUUUAAGGCUAGGGCGCUACAGUACGCUCUCGAGCCCGAGAAUGACAUUCUUAAGCCCGGGGACUGGAUCGUUCAUCUUGACGAAGAGACGCUGCUGACGGAGGAUUCCCUGAUCGGAAUCAUCAAUUUUGCUGUGGUCAAAACACAUUCCUUUGGACAAGGCGUCAUCAAGUACAACAGUGGAGAGAUAGUGAACUGGAUAACAACGCUGGCAGACUCUGUUCGGGUGGGAACGGACUACGGUUAUAUACGAUUUUGUUUGAGAGUUUUGCACCGCCCUUUGUUUUUCCUUAAAGGAUCAUUUAUUGUGGCUGACGCAGAGGCGGAAAAGAAAAUUAGCUUCGACCACGGGCCUGAUGCUUCCAUUACUGAGGACAGUUUCUUCGCUUCUCUUGCACGCAGUCAAGGGUUCAGCUUUGGGUUCGUUGAGGGAACGAUGCUUGAGCAAAGUACAUAUACCAUUCACGACUUUGCCAAGCAGAAACGUCGGUGGAUGCAUGGGGUUUUCUUAACCGCCGUUAGCAAUAAAAUCCCUGUUAGAUACAAAUUAGGACCCAUUUUACUAACUUUGUCUAGGUGCUUCGUCCCGUUCAACACAUUGCUCAUUAUACUUAUGCACGUUAUGGUAGAGCCUAUACCGUACCAUCUCAUCGCCUCUUCUAGUUUCACUUAUGGCACACAUGUUUUCUUGGCCAUCUUUGGAACUUUCAAAACCUUUGAAGCACACAAGCAUGGGUCCAGAAAAAGCAUCUUUUUAAUCUUGGCCUCGGUUCUGUGUUGCUUCUUGACAAUUGUAAUAGAGCACUGGAAUUCUGUUGUUGUAUUCUGGCAGCCAAGAAUUUCAAUGAAUCGUUUUCAUUUUUAUAUUGUUAAAAAAUAAAUUGCUUUAGAGGACUCCACCAAGCGUGGAUUAAUAUAACAUGUUAAUGUAAUAUAUAGCUCCUCCUUCGUGGUCGAAGAUUAGCUCAUUUCUCAUUUCAAAUGAACACGAAGAUGGCUGUAAAGUCCAAUCCUCGCUUUAA